CCCUGGUUCUCCCCUUUCCCACUCUGGCUAGAUUUUGUUUCUGGUAGUGCCAGGGGUCCAACCCGGGCCUCACAUGUGCCAAGGCGCACGCUCUGGCAUAGAACUGCUCGAUCUUGGGGGUUUGUUCUGAACUGCCCUGAAGAUGCUCAGGGCUUACUUUUGGCUCUUUGCUUGGGGAGCACUCCUGGCUAUGCCCGGGGACCAGGGAUGGGACCCUUGGCCGUGUGCAGGGCGAGCCCCUUCCCCGCCGUCCUUUCUCCAGCCCCCAAACCUGAACUCUCAUCUUCGAUGCCUCCGUGCGGGCCAGUGGGUGUCACUAUUGACGCAAGAGCCGGGGCACUGCAGGGGGCGGGAGGUGGCACCGUCUCCCCCAGGCCCUCCAGCGUCUGUCUGGCUCAGGCGGCUGGGCGCCCACUGGGGACUUGGGAGGGGGGUCGCACACCUCUCCACCAGCCGCAUUCGCCCGCCGCUCCCAGCGCGGUUCCGCUCUCCUUUCACACCUGGACCGAGCGGGGCGGGGAGCCGGGCGGGGAGCCGGGCCUGCCGGAUGGGGCUGUCCGUCCCCUGCGCGCGGGAUGCCCGUUUCUCUCUGGUCUCUCGGCGCAGCAGCCUCGCAGCGUCUUCCCUGCUCCAGGGCUUUUGGAGAGGUGCGGCGGCAAGGGGCUUGGAGCAGUCCGGCAUGUCUCUUGAAGGGCGCAGGGGAGAGGGGAGAGGCUCUCCCUGCCCCAGAUCAGCCCUGAAGUGUGACUGUGAUUGAUCAGCCUCAGUGAUCAACAGAUCUGCGCAGGGUGUCUCUUCUGGUGGCUUAGAAUAUGCUAAGAAGCCUGGACCCACGGCAGGGACACAGAGGACCCACGGGUGGCGGUCAGGGGGCCCUGGGGCCCGUGGUAGGGAGCCAGCUGGAUCUCCCCAGGGGCUGGCUGGCCUCGCCUCGGCCGGGCUGUGGGUGAGCCUUUCCAUGGAGCUUCUGUGAGUGUCUUGGUCCUGCACAGCUCGCCAGGGCUGCCCGGUGAUCACUGUCCCCCACCGAGUCCCUUGGGGACGGGAGGGUGGGGGAGUGCCCUCUGCACAAUGAGGACCCUCAACCACUCUGCCAUGGACGGGCCCAGGAUGGAGAGGAACUUCUCCUUCCGCAUCCUCACUGCCUGCUUCUUGUCCGUUCUCAUCCUGUCCACCCUCCUGGGGAACACUCUGGUCUGUGCGGCGGUCAUCCGCUUCCGGCACCUGCGGUCGAAGGUGACCAACUUCUUCGUCAUCUCCUUGGCCGUCUCGGACCUCUUGGUGGCCGUCCUCGUGAUGCCCUGGAAGGCGGUGGCCGAGAUCGCGGGCUUCUGGCCCUUCGGCGCCUUCUGCAACGUCUGGGUGGCCUUCGACAUCAUGUGCUCCACCGCGUCCAUCCUCAACCUCUGCGUCAUCAGCGUGGACAGGUACUGGGCCAUCUCCAGCCCCUUCCGCUACGAGCGGAAGAUGACCCCCAAGGCCGCGUUCAUCCUCAUCAGCGUGGCCUGGGCGUUGUCCAUCCUCAUCUCCUUCAUCCCCGUCCAGCUCAGCUGGCACACGGCCAACCCCAGCGCCCUGGAGGACAGCAACAGCACGUCCCUGCUGGAGGAGCCGGCCCCCGAGAACUGCGACGCCAGCCUGAGCCGGACCUACGCCAUCUCGUCCUCCCUCAUCAGCUUCUACAUCCCCGUGGCCAUCAUGAUCGUCACCUACACGCGCAUCUACCGCAUCGCCCAGAAGCAGAUCCGCCGCAUCGCCGCCCUGGAGCGGGCGGCCGUGCACGCCAAGAACUGCCAGAGCACGGCUGGCAACGGCAACCCCGCCGAGUGCGGGCAACCCGAGAGCUCCUUCAAGAUGUCCUUCAAGAGGGAGACCAAGGUCCUGAAGACGCUGUCGGUGAUCAUGGGCGUGUUCGUCUGCUGCUGGCUGCCCUUCUUCGUCCUGAACUGCAUGGUGCCCUUCUGCGGCUCGGGGGAGACGCAGCCCUUCUGCAUCGACUCCAUCACCUUCGACGUGUUCGUGUGGUUCGGCUGGGCCAAUUCCUCCUUGAACCCCAUCAUCUACGCCUUCAACGCGGACUUCCGGAAGGCGUUCUCCACCCUCCUGGGCUGCUACCGGCUCUGCCCUGCCACCACCAACGCCAUCGAGACCGUGAGCAUCAACAACGGAGGCCCCGUGUUCUCCAGCCACCAUGAGCCCCGAGGGUCCAUCUCCAAGGACUGCAACCUGGUCUACCUGAUCCCUCAUGCCGUGGGCCCCUCCGAGGGUGUGAAGAAGAAGGAGGAGGCCGGCGGGGCUGGAGCCAAGCCCUCAGAGAAACUGUCCCCGGCCCUGUCCGUCAUCUUGGACUGCGAUACAGACGUGUCCCUGGAGAAGAUCCAGCCCAUCACCCAGAAUGGACAGCAUCCGGCUUGAACGGCUCUGCCCAGCCCAGCCCAGCCCAGCCCCGGAGGGGCCCUGGGGGUGAGGAGGGGGAGUUGGCGAGAGAAGCUACGGGGAGGGGAGACGCAGCUGUCCAGAGGGCCGUUUCUUUCUCCCAGCCCCACUUCCAGCCGCAUUGUGGUGUGAUCUCAAGGACGUGUCUGCGAUGUGUCUUCUGGGGGCCGGAGGGGGGGCCGGGGAGCGACAUUCCAGAAGAACCUGCUGCCCCUGACUGGAAACAGGCCCUGUUCCCGAGGCCCGAGAAGCAGCGUCCGGCCUCCCCGGGAGGGCAGCAGGGCCGUGGCUGCCUGGACUUGGACACACAUAGGUGCUAACUCUGGUUGAAGCGAAAAGCGGAGGUGGUCGAGGUAGGUGCAUGCCUUCAUCAGUGAUUCCUAAAAGACGACUCAAAACGAGAAGGAAACAAUUGAGCCUUACAGUAGGAAAGGGAUUUUUCUUUUUCCGGAACUGACAGAUGCUUUGCUAAUAUUGGUUUUAUUUAUUUAUUGUACUAUAUGGAUAUUUGUAACUUAUUUGAAUAAAUCUAUAUUUAUCACACGUAGGAGGGUAAACAGACAAGUGGCUGGAGACAUGAAGAUGACCCAGGGGUGGUCCAUUGAACUAGCACUUUAUAAGCCAAUGGAGCAAACACGUGGGCCCUUGGGGGAGUCGCAAACCAUUCUAGAAGCGGGCGCAGAGCAGCAGACAGCCGGCUCUUGCCGCUUCUUAACCCUUCAUUGGCAGCCUAAGUAAGAUAUGAAGGUGAAAUGGACCAGUGCUAUGAAUGUUUUCUGUUUUUUUUUUCUAAAAGAAUUUUGAAAAUUGUGAGGAAAAAAAAAUGUAGCUAUUCGUGUAUUCUUGUUUGUAUUUUAAAUCGACCCAGACUUUUCCAGGAAAAAAUGAUCUGCAAUUCUGUAAAUAGCUUCAAGAAAAACCUGCUGAUGGAAAAGCCCGGCUUGAGAUCCUUGGUGGAGGUGGCAGUGACCGAGGACAGCGGUCGUAGGGACGGGCUGGUGCGCUAGCCAACUAGUGACAAGUAUGUGCCACUUUGUAUUUAUGUAAGAUAAUCAGCUCUCUUGGUCCCUCCUCCUUUCACCCGUCAGCCAGCCUUUCUGAGACCAGCACGGGUCCUGGUUUGCAGAAAGCCGGGGCGUCUCCUGAAUGCUUCUGCUCUGGACGGAGUGCAGGCCCCUUGGCGCCAGCUCUGCUCCCUCCAGGCCAGCCGUGGGGGCCUUUUAAUUUUACUGCUGUGCUUUACUGAGAAUUUAGAUGUGAUUUUAAAAAAAAGGAAGUCCUUACCUGUUCAUGAUUACCACUUAACAAAUAGUGCCUCAUUAUCACCCUGAAGGAAGACAUUUCUGCUGGUGGGAGAAGCAGAGACCCCCACCCCUGCCUGCCCCCAGAAGCCAUCAGUAUUUCUUUUGACAAAUGCUAACCCUUUUUUCUCUCCUGUGCUUUGGAAUCAAGUUUAUUUCUCAUUGCCUGGACUGUAAAAAAAAAAAAAAGUGUCAAAUACUCUGGCCAGUCACAACUCUUGUGGGGUGUGUUUCAGGAGUUCAUUUGAGCAGUUUACGGAGCGUUGUGUGGGCAGGCGGUCUGUCGGCACCCGGGCUCAGCCACAAGCGAAGUCGGCUACGGCUCCCGCACCAGAUUCGUGCUUCUUACGCAUUGUGAAUGUUUUCUUAAUUUUCUUGCCCGUGUGAUUUCUUACCAUAUAAUAAAAUUAUUUUGUGAAAGUCAGACUCA